AAAGAUGUUCCAAGCUGUAACGUCAUAGCUCUGUCAGCACCCCUGGAUACCGCAAACCAAUCUUUGCCCCGCUGCGCGCACGGAUGCCGUGCACGCAAUAGUUUCUUGGCUUCACCUGCUUGCUUGCAUUUGUGUAUCAAGCAUCGUAAACGCAAGUCGCUUCCCUGGGCGAGAUUGCUUUUCGGUCCGCCGUGAGCUGGUGAUAAGAUGAGCGGCAACGUGUGCAUUCUCUACAAGUGGCCCGAAUGCUGGGGCCUACCAUCGCUAUCACCGGCGUGCAUUCAGGCCGAGGCGUACCUGCGACUGGCGGGGGCGCAGUUCGCCGUGGAGGCGUGCCCCACUAGCAGCUCCUCGCCCACAGGCCAGCUGCCAGCGCUGGAGCGUGACGCCUUCAUCUCCCCCGCUGAGCCGGACGAGUUCGCGGCUGCGGGUGCGGUGCUGGCCUACGCCAAGAAGCACAUCAAGGACCUGGACGCGCCGUUGUCGCUGGCGCAGCGGGCCGACCUGCUGGCCUUCACCAGCCUGGUAGAGAACAGGCUGAAUGUGGCCACGCUGAUGACUUGCUGGUGUGAGCCGCGCGGCUUCGCGGAGAUGAAGAAGGCGGCCUACGGCAACAAGCUGCCCUUCCCGCUCAGCCAGCUCAUACCCUGGAGCAAGCAGCGCGAGGUGCGGCGGCGGCUGCCGGCCCACGUGGAGCCGGACCAGGCCUUCGCCGACGCCGCGGCGGUGCUUGACGCGCUGGCUGACCGCCUGCGCUCCAGCGGCGCCGCCUUCUUCUUCGGGUCGGCGCCCUCCAGCCUGGACGCGCUGCUGGCGGGCCACCUGCUGUUCUACCGGGUGUCGCCGGCGGCGGCGCCCGUGCUGCAGGACAAGGUCCUGUCCCAGCCAGUGCUGUGCGAGUACCUGGACCGGCUGCUGGGGAGACACUUCGCGCUGCCAGCCACACCCCGGGCCGCGCUGGAGCAGGGCGCAGGCGGCAGCGGCGGCGGCGGCGGCGGCGGCAGCUGGUCGGACGCGGCGCGGGGCCAGAAGAAGGCUCCGCCGCCCAAGGUGGAGCCCAGCGCGGCGGAGCUGACGUUCCGGCGGCACAGCACCUACUGGCUGCUGGGCGCGGGCGCGGCGGUGGCGGCGUACGUGCUGCUGAGCGGGCAGUACGUGCAGUUCGCCACGAUGUUGGAGCAUGCGGCGGAGAGCCUGGACGACGACGGGGACGACGGCGAUGACGACGACGACGGCGGUGAUGAGUAAUAGACAGCGCGUUGUGUGGCAGGAGCGUGCAGAGGCGGGGGAGGGGAAUGCGCGGGUGCAUGAUGGGUUGUGUAGUGUGCGGUGCUGGGUUUCAUGCAUGUGUAUUCGGGAACGCUUGUGUGAAAUGGUGUUUGUUGCACGGGUUGGUACCGCGGGGGGGGCCGCGUCCUGAUGGCGAUGACAUUUGGACGUGUGGUAAGGCAGGGUGUGCCGCGGGGGGAGGUGUGAAGUGGUCGGGUGGCGCAGGGUUUGGACACGCAUUCGGACCAGGCGUUUACCGGCGAGAGAGAAAGGAGGCUGGGCCCAAGAAUUCCAGGAUGCAGUCGUGUGUAUGCAUUUUUGGGCCGUGUUCAGAAGAAGAGUCGGGGCAGCAGGAUGUGGCAGCGCGGGAGAUGCCUGAGCAAGGCGCGAUGACGUGGUCCCGCCGUGUGGCGGGGUGGGGGACAAGAAUGUAAGCGCGCCAGUGG